AUGUCAUUCCUUAGAGAGCUCUCUAUUCUUGAUUUAUCUUCUCUUUUUCAAACCCCAUUUCUUGAGAAUUCAAACUUGACAAUGCUGCUUCAGAAUUUGACCUUACUUGAAGAACUAUACAUUGAUGGUGUAAAUUUAACGAUACGAGGGAACGAAUGGGGUCAGGCUUUGUCAUCUUCGUUGUCCAAUCUUAGAGUAUUGAGCAUGGAGAGUUAUUCUUUCUCUAGCCCUAUCGAUGAAUCACUUUGCAAGCUUCAAUCUUUAUCAAUGAUAAAACUUGAUUCUAACAAUCUGUCCUCUCCGGUUCCUAAAUGCUUUAUGAAUUUCUCAAAUUUGACUUCCUUGUCUCUAACUGAUUGCGCGUUAAAUGGAACCUUUCCUAAAGAGAUCUUUCAGAUACCAACACUAAAGAUUCUUGACAUAUCAGAGAAUGACUUGCUUGACGGUUCAUUUCCAGAGUUUCCCCAAAAUAGUAAUAUUCAAACUCUGGAGACUAGCUCGACAAAUUUCAGAGGGACAAUACCAGCUUCUAUUGGUAACCUUCAGCAGUUGUCAACGUUAGAACUUUCCGUUUGUCAUUACAGUGGAACACUUCCAAAGUCCAUGACAAACCUCACCCAACUUGUUUUUCUUCGUUUGUUUGGUAACAAUUUCACCGGUUCAAUCCCAUCGUUUCAUAUGCCCAAGAACUUGACCGAAAUACACCUAUCUUUUAAUCGCUUCACUGGUCCACUUCCAUCGGCAGCCUACUGGCAAGGCCUACUGAACCUUGUUUAUGUUGACUUAACCAAUAAUACUAUCACUGGAAGCAUCCCUUCAUCUUUAUUUUCUCUUCCAUCAGUGCAAUGGAUUGACCUUUCAUACAAUCAAUUUAGCGGUCGACUUCUGGAAUUUCAAAUCCCACCUUCCUCAGUGUUGGCUAGUGUUGAUUUGAGGGGCAAUGAACUAGAAGGUCUAAUUCCCAAGUCAUUCUUCAAAUUGAAAAAUCUUGGAGAUCUUUUACUCUCUUUCAACAAGUUCAAUGGUACCUUUCAGCUUGAUAGAUUCAAUACAAGUGGAAAUAAUUCUAAUUUCUCAUCUCUUACUCUAUUUACGAGUGUAAAACUUGCUUCUUGUAAUCUUAGAACAUUUCCUGAAAUGCUUAGGAACCAACUAGUGCUGUCCCUUUUGGACCUUUCAAACAACCAAAUUUCUGGGAAGAUACCUAAUUGGAUUUGGAAAGUUGGGAAUGGAUCUCUUUUCUUUUUGAAUCUUUCACGUAAUCACCUGGUGGGCAUGCACAAACUGUAUCCUCUUCCCAACCUUCAGACCAUUGAUCUUAGUUUUAACCAGCUCCACGGGAAGAUCCCUGUACCAUCUAAUGAUUACCAUGUAGAUUUCUCUAGCAAUUGUUUUACAGCUUCCAUUCCCUUGGACAUUGGUAAUUACCUUAGUAAUGUUCGUUCCAACAAUGGCCUUACAAGAAUUAUACCUGAAUCAAUAUGCAAUACAAGUUCCCUCAAAGCUCUUGAUUUGUCCAACAACAGUUUAAGCGGCCAAAUACCAACUUGUAUGUUUGCACUGAGUGGACCCACUAGGUUGAAUCUUGCAAGGAACAACUUGAGCGGCCCAAUUCCUGAUGCAUUUCCUGUGAAUUGUAGUUUGGAGACCUUGAUGGAAACUUAUUGA